GAUUUUAUAACUAAAUUACAAAAGUAAAAUCAUCCAUUAAUUAAAAGCCUAUUCGACUGGGCAGAUGUAAAUCGGUUUACUAGACGUCCGCAAAACACUAAAUAACUCUUUCGAAAUUAUUUAGUUCUGUCGAGAUGUCCAUCGAAAAUACUACAUUCGGUGCCGUCGUGCAUCAGUUACAUGAUUUUAGUUUCGGUACCGUCGAUUAUAUCGUUUUCGUAUUGAUGUUAAUCAUUUCACUACUUAUUGGUGUAUAUUUCGGCUUUUUUGGACAUGGUGCGGAUAAUACGGAAGAAUACUUGCUCGGUGGUAAACGAAUGAAAACAAUUCCGAUUGCGAUAUCACUUGUAGCAAGUCAAUUGUCCGCGGCCUCGAUAAUGGCAAUACCAGCGGAAAUGUAUUCGUUUGGCAUUAACUGGGUUUUCAGUUUGGCUUCGUUGUUAAUAAUAAUACCGACGCUUUGUUGGAUCAUAAUUCCUGUGUUUUAUAAUAACAACCUGUCCAAUUGUUACGAGUAUUUGGAACUACGCUUCAAUCGUAGCACCCGCAAUCUAAUGACUUUCGCUUUCAUGUUUACGCUUUUUUUAAUGCUGCCGGUUUUCAUAUUUAUACCGUCUCUCGCAUUUGCUCAAGUAACGGGAAUCAAUAUACAUUUGAUAAAUACCUUUAUUUGCUCAAUCUGUGUCAUUUACACAAUGUUGGGUGGAAUAAAGGCUGUUGUAUGGACGGAUGUGUUCCAGGGUGUAAUAAUGACUGGAUCCGUGGUGCUUUUCUGUUUCUUGGGAACAAAGAAAGUCGGCGGAUUUAAUGAAGUCAUCAAUAUAGCCGCUAGAGGCGGUCGAUUGGAUGUUAACUUCACUUUUGAUGCCAAAACUCGCAUGACUUUUUGGAAUACCAUCAUUAGUAGCUUCAUUUUUUGGACGUCCUACGUGGGUUUGAACCAGAGCUGUGUACAGCGAGUCGUGGCGCUGCCAACGCUAGGGCAUGUGAGACGUUCACUGUUGCUUUUCGGAAUUGGUGUCUUCGUAAUAAUGAUACUUAAUUGUUUCGUUGGCAUAACCAUGUAUGCACUCUACCACGAUUGUGAUCCGCUCACUAGAGGUUAUGUGCAGAAAGCGGAUAAAAUGAUGCCGUUCUUUGUACAGGAUAUAGCCGGUCAUCUCAAGGGCAUGCCGGGCAUUUUUAUUUCCAGUGUUUUCAGUGCGGCUUUGAGUACCAUGUCUGCUGGGUUGAACGCUCUAGCUGGCGUCGUAUAUAUGGAUUAUAUCAAACCUCGUAUAAAACACACUGAAAGGAGAGCUAACCUCAUUAUGCGUGGAUUUAUUUGUAUCUGUGGUGUAUACAGUAUUAUUAGCGGUUUCAUAGUGGAAAAAUUCUCUUCUAUAUUACAAGUGAUCUAUUCGAUUGGAGGCGUAACAUUAGGUUCGGUUUUCGGUGUUUAUAUGUUGGGCAUGUUGGUACCACGUGCACAUGGCAAAGCCGCAUUUUGGUCGGUAGUGGCAAGCAUGGUCUCGAUGAUUGUAAUUGUUGUGGGUGCACAAGGACGUCUAAAAUAUAGUGCUCUACCUUCCUCGGUGGAAAAAUGUCCCGCAAACAAUACUAACGAAACAUUUUUCUUCAAUGCUACGUCUACAACCUCCAUCAAUCUACAGACUCCAUCAGCAAAAGAUAGUUUCAAUAUUUUUGAUCUUUCUUUCAAUUGGUACGUUACAGUGGGCAAUUUAAUCGUUUUCUUUGUCGCCUUGCCACUCAGUUAUAUUUUGCCCGCGGAGAAAAAUUUCAAAUUAGAUUUGAAACUAUUAUCACCUGUGAUACAUCCAUUUUACAAAUAUAAAUUAGCGAACACCGAAGAAUUACCAGAGUUAAAGAAAGUAAUUAUAUAGAGAGCGUAAUUUUAAAGACAAAUAAAACUAAAAUUCCCAAGUGUUAAUAUAUAGUGUAAAUUAUUGAAAUGUAAUUAAUAUUAAGUAUCUAUAAUGACAUUACAAAUAAAAAUUGAGUACAUAUUUCCUAAGACCAUGGUGUACUCGUA